UACUCAAAUGCGUGAGGAUGUUGAAAACGGAUAACUUAUAAUCGUUCAUCAUAACGUACACGUUUGUAUACAAACGAAAAUAAAAGAAAAACUAACGAAAUUAAUUUAAUUGAAUAUUAGAAAAAAAAAAAUAAAUAAAUAAAUAAAAAUGAAAAUUAAAAGAACUAAAGACAAAAUAAAUAAUAAUCAAUAAAUUGUAUUUAGUAACUUAACAAUUAUUUAGCAAAGUUGAUGCUAAAUAAUAUAAAAAAAAAAAAAAUAUGGAAGUCUUGCAUGGUUUUCUCCAAUUAACGUAAUUAUCCCAUAUACUCAAAAGCCAAAAUAUCAUUAAAAAGUGUUUACUCAGCUUUAAGCUUUAAAAGUGAUUUCAUCGUGAAAUAUUAUUAUCAAAGCAAAAACUUCUUCUAGAUAUAAAGGAUAUUAAACGGUCUAAAGUUUUGGCGCUUGAACAAUUGGGAAAUUCAUAUAAGAAGAGACAACUUACGAAUACUAAGUGCGCGAAAAUUUCCGACUUUGUCAUGUUGUUUGUGUGGUAAUUGCUGCCAAAAUCUUUUUUUAAUCUCCAUUUACUGGCGCAACACUUAAGAUUUAUUAAUUGGUUUUCGUAACAAUAAGAACAACAGCAAUAGCAACGAAGCAGCCACACACCACCACCACCGCCGCGACCAAACUUAACGAACAGCAUUUAUAUCCCGUAAGCAAUAACCUGCAUUGGUUUUCAGUGAAAAAUGAAACACUUACACAGAAUUGUCCAUGUAAGAUGGCGCUUAACAUCAUGUAAUUUAUCCUGGCUACACUUAAGCUCAUUAUUGUUAAUCCUGCUUAGCUGUCAUCCACAGCAGAGAGCAGUGGCAUUUUGCCCUUCAAAAUGUCAAUGCUUGGGCGGUGACGCUAAUAGCCGAGCCUAUUGCAUUGACGCCGCUCUCGAGGAUGUGCCAAUACAAUUAAAUCCUGAGACCAAAUACAUUAAUUUAACGCUCAAUAAAAUACGUAACAUAGAAUUUACGCUGCCGUUCUACAUGAAAUUAGAGGUAUUGGAUUUAUCGCGCAACAUCAUCGAAACAUUGGGUUCGAAAAAUUUCGAAUAUCAAAUUGAAAUGCGUACUUUAAAUUUAAGUCACAACUCAGUCAGCUCACUGCAAAAGGACGCAUUCAGAGGCUUAAGUAAUUUACUGGUACUCGAUCUCAGCUUUAAUCGCAUCGAAGUGGUCCAUCCGUCUGCAAUGGCAGACUUAAAUUCACUGAUUGAAAUGGAUUUGACUAAUAAUAAUAUCGUUAGUCUCGAGGAGAAUACAUUUCAUAAUUUAAUGUCCUUGGAGAUCUUAAUAUUCAAAAAUAAUCAACUAUUGGAUGUGCCGGCAAGUAAUUUACAGCAUUUACAUGCUAUCAAGUCAUUAGAUGUUUCUGAAAACUUGGUGGAAUACGUAAGGAAUGAUAGCUUCGAAGGAUUAAGAGAAUUAGUAACCCUAACGCUAAGAGGCAACGUUAUUAGCGAAUUGGAUCUCAGUGCAUUCGAUGGCCUAAUAACGCUAAAGUAUUUGGAUUUAGGUGACAAUAAUUUAACGAUGGUACCCACCCAGCAAUUAUCAAAAUUGUCUAAUUUAACUCACCUAACGUUAAGCGGUAAUCGUUUUUCAUAUUUACCGCCCGUAGCUUUUUUGAAUUUAUUCCAUUUAAGAGAAUUGCAUUUGAAUCGUUUGGAUUUAUUACAACGCAUAGAUUCAAGAGCAUUCGUAGAUAACACGCAUUUGCAAAUUCUCCACAUAAACCGGAAUCCUUUAUUAAAUGAUAUACCGAUGCGUCUGUUCCAAGGCAACCCGAAUAUUAUAGAGAUUUACAUGCAGGCCAACAGCCUGCAAACCCUAUACGCAGCUCAGUUUCCCAUCGAUCAAUUGGAAAAACUAUAUCUGGGUGACAAUCCUUUACAAUGCAAUUGCACUUUGUUUUGGUUGUGGCGUUUGGUUACCGGCAAUUUUGAAAACGGCUUGCAAGCAGGUCUGACAGGCAGAAAUGUGAAAGAUCUCGCACCGGACAAUCUGAUUAGUCGCGAUAUCGAGCCAUCAAGUUUAGAAUCAUCGACUGCCGUCGAAGAUAAUUUGGUACGUGUGGCCGCCUAUGUAGCGGAAAGGAAGAAAGAUUUUACCACAAAAUUCCAGUACACUAGCACUCCGCCGAGUAAUAACGGUUUCCUGAAAUUAGAUGCCGAACGCAUUGGUUGCGAAAUAUUGCGCGAUAGCAAACGCACUCGCCGACAUUUGGCGGCAAUGACCGAAAGCGAAAUUACUUGCCCCGCCCAUGUUGUAACAAUCGUUUGUGCCGUCUUGACGUUUCUCUUGGUAAUAAUGACUGGAACGAGUAUAAUAUUUUAUAUGCGUUUCGUGAAACGCCGUCGAAAACUGAUGCACGAUCGAAACUUACGUUCAGGCAAAUCGAUUGUCAAUGUUCACGAUCGGAUUUUAGCUCAUCAGCCUUUAAGUACUGGUGCUAACGGUAGUUUACCAGGUAGUGGUUAUCCUGCUCACACUUUACAGGCGCAACGCACAACUGCUCAUCCUCAUGCUAUGCAUCCUCUACAUCAUCAGGAUUAUCAUCAAACUCUGCCGCAAUUAGAUAAACUUGAGCUGGAACGUUACCUAACGGCACAAGCUAUAGCGAAUGAGUACAGAGCUUUGAAGCCUUGGGAGUUGCCACCAGUUAAAGACGCAGUCGGCAGCAGUAACACUUAUACCGACGAGCCUGAACAUCUUUAUGAAAAAUUUGAUCACUACGAUUAUCCCGAUACGCAAAGCAUGACGAAACCGGCUAACGGUAAAUUAGUAAUGAGUUCAAAUCAGCACACAAAGGGCAUUAACAGUGGCGGCGGUGGAGGCGGCAGUAUCGCGGGUAGCGGCGGCAGUCUUAAUAAACCGCACGUGGUUUAUGUAUGAUAUCCAGGGUAUAAAAGUAAGGAGCACUUGAUCUUGCAAACGGGAUCCAUUAGCAGUGAUAAAGAUACAUUAAGCAAUUGUUUAAAUAAUAAUUAUGAUAUGUGUAGUUAUGUAAAAUUAGUUUAAGGUAACUUUAAGAGAGAAUGGACACAAUAUACGAUAGGCAGCAGAUAAGCAAACAAAUAAAAGUAUAAAGGAUUGUAUGAUGAAAAGAAAAGGAAGCAAACAGAAGCAGACAACAUUUUUCGUCUUUCUUCAGGCAAAGAAAAAAAAAA